AUGCCUCGUCGCGCAGCAUCUCCUGCGCCCUCCGAGGGAGAGGUUGAUAUCGCCGACUCACUUUUCGCCACGAACGCCAGCGACAACGGGAGCGAUGGCGGGCAGGAAACCGGAGGCUUUGACUUCGACAUGGACGGCAUCAUGAACGGCAACGAGGGAGGGCAAGACGACGACGAUGGCGACGAAGCGUUCAUCGCGCUGCAACAGGCAGCCUCGUUCCGGAAGGCGUCCAACUUGAAGGGAAAGUCGGUCAAGAAGGGCGGUGGCUUCCAGGCCAUGGGUCUGAAUGCGAACCUCCUACGCGCUAUUACGAAGAAGGGAUUCUCCGUCCCAACGCCGAUUCAGCGAAAGACGAUUCCUCUAAUCUUGGACCGCAAAGAUGUCGUGGGCAUGGCGAGAACGGGUUCCGGAAAGACUGCGGCCUUCGUCAUUCCAAUGAUCGAGCGCCUCCGCGCCCAUAGCGCAAAGGUCGGCACGCGUGCGCUCAUCAUGUCGCCGUCCCGUGAGCUUGCGCUCCAGACGCUCAAGGUUGUCAAGGAGUUCAGCAAGGGUACGGACCUGAAGUGCAUCUUGCUGGUUGGUGGUGACAGUAUGGAGGACCAGUUCAGCAUGAUGUCCUCAAACCCGGAUAUUGUCAUCGCUACACCUGGUCGUUUCCUCCAUCUCAAGGUCGAAAUGGGUCUCGACUUGUCGUCGAUCAAGUACGUCGUCUUCGACGAGGCCGAUCGGCUGUUCGAGAUGGGUUUCGCCGCCCAGCUUACCGAGAUCCUCUACGCCCUUCCUCUCUCGAGGCAGAGUCUCUUGUUCUCUGCCACGCUGCCGGCCUCCUUGGUCGAGUUCGCCAGAGCCGGUCUGCAAGACCCGACCCUUGUGCGAUUGGAUGCUGAGACAAAGAUUUCUCCCGACCUCGAGAGCGCCUUUUUCUCUGUCAAGGGAGCAGAAAAGGAGGCUGCUCUGCUUCACAUUCUCAACGACCUCAUCAAGAUGCCGCAAGGCACCCCUGACGGAAUUCCACUGGAUGUCGUGCCCUCAAAGAAGAGGAAGCGUGAGGGAGAAGGCAGAGGGAAGCCGACGGAACACUCGACCAUCAUCUUCGCAGCCACCAAGCAUCACGUUGACUACCUGGCAUUGCUGUUGACCAAGGCCGGCUACGCUGUAUCAUACGUAUACGGUUCUCUGGACCAAGAAGCCCGUCGCAUCAACACCGAGAACUUCCGCAACGGACGCGCCAAUAUCUUGGUGGUGACGGACGUUGCGGCCAGAGGUAUCGAUAUCCCCGUCCUGGCAAACGUCAUCAACUACGACUUCCCCCCUCAGCCCAAGGUCUUUGUGCAUCGCGUUGGACGUACAGCGCGUGCCGGUCAGAGGGGUUGGGCCUACAGCAUCGUGCGCGAACUCGACACGCCCUACCUCCUGGACCUGCAGCUCUUCCUCGGUCGCAGGCUGGUCGUGGGCCACGACACUGAGAACUUCUCCCACGCCGAGGAUGUUGUCGUUGGUGGACUGAGACGCGACAAGAUUGAAAUCCAAAUGGAGUGGAUGGAGAAGAUCCUGAAGGAAGAGGCCGACAUUGAGGCCAUGCGCAAAGUCUCGACAAAGGCCGAGAAGCUUUAUCUCAAGACGCGCCACUCUGCGUCGAGUCAGAGUGCGAAGCGUGCGCGCGAGCUUGUAGGCACCAAAGCUUGGCACUCGCUGCAUCCCAUUUUUGGCGCGGAUAUCAACAAUGCCGAGCAGGCACGCAACGAGAUGAUGGCCAAGAUCAGUGGCUUUAGACCGGCCGAGACGAUUUUCGAGAUUGGAAGAGGCGGAAAGGGCUCAAGCAGCGAGGCGGCGGAGGUCAUGAAGCAGUUGAGAAAACGCAUUACACCGCACCGCGGCAGCAAGAAGAAGGCCGACUCAGACGACGAGAUGGGAGACUUUGAUGAUGCCGCCAAUGACUCGGACGGCGGGGCGGACGAGGGGGUGAACGCCGAAGCGAUGGAGGCGUACGACUCGGAGAACGACCAAGACGACGAUGACGGGUUCGAAGUCACGGUCACUAACACCGGCGAGAAGAAGAAGAAGCCGGAUUCGUGGAAGGACCCGGAAGUGUUCAUGACGUACGAGCCCAGAUCAACCAACGCGGCCGAGGAGCGCGGUUACGGUGUCACGUCAGGCGCGCAGACGUCAAGCUUCGUGGAGGCGGCGCGUCAUCUCCAAAUGGACCUCACAAACGACGACACGACCAAGGGCUUCGGCGAGCCGUCGAAGGCCAAGGGCAUGCGGUGGGACAAGAAGCAGAACAAGUACGUGGCGCGGCAGAACGACGAGGACGGGUCCAAGGGGUCCAAAUACGUGCGCGGCGAGAGCGGUGUCAGGAUCGCGGCCAGUUUCCAGAGCGGGCGGUUCGACCGGUGGCGCAAGGCCAACCGGCUCGGGCGGAUCCAGGUGGGCGGGCUCGAGAAGUCCAACGUGCCGGAGCUGCCGGCGAACCACAAGUACAAGCACAAGCAGGAGAAGGCGCCGAAGCAGGCGGACAAGUACCGCGACGACUACGAGGCGCGCAAGAAGCGCAUCGCCGAGGCCAAGGAGAAGCGCGUGGGCCAGUACAAGGACGGCGCGGGCAACCGCAAGGAGAUCAAGGGCGUCGAGGACAUCCGCAAGGCGAGGUGGGAGAAGCAGAAGCGCAUGGAGAAGAACGCGCGGCCGACGCGCAGGAAGUAG